UUAGGACGUAGGUCGAGUCGACAUAGAGAUAUAAAGGGCUGUGGGUCGUGGCCAACGAAGUCAUUGGGCGAUUCCCGGCGUGACCCGGAGGUCACCGAGAGUCCGAGUCCCGUCGGACCCGACUCGUCGGACCCCGAAACGGAGAAAACCCGGAAGUGGCACUGAGCCAGGUGGCUGGGGCCAGGGGAUACAUGGCGAUACAUCUCCCGAAAAUGAACGUACGACCCUGAAAAUGGGACCCGGUCUAAGACGGUUUUCCUCUAGCUGCACCAGUGGUGUUCAAGGUUCAUGUUAGUUUUCCACCGCUUAGGUCCUAGGUCCCUGGAAGACCUUCUUUCCUCUACAAGCAGGUGGUGGUUUUCCACUCGCUUCCAUGAUUGGAGUGGAGGACGUUCCACUAUGGUUGCAAAAUGGCAUCAGCUCGGCCUGAGGAGCCGUCAAAGGCCCUUGACAUUGAGAACUGCGCAGGGGACUGGGAAUUGGAAUGCCCCUUGCUUUGGGAGAAUUUGACGCCCACCGAUCAGCCCAACCGACGGUUCUGCAAGACCUGUGGUGAGAAUGUCUACUUCUGUGACACCAUCGAGGAGGUCAACGCACAUGCCAUGGAACGACGAUGUGUGGCCUUUGAAGUGCGUGAGGCCGUUGCCACGGAGGCAAGGGUGCCAGAGACGGACGAUGUAGUGAAGCUUCACGUGGCCUUACUGUCGGGAGACGAGCUGCCAGAAUUGACGGUGCCCAAAGUGGCCACUGUCAACGAUGUGAAAGAGGAGAUUGCCAACCUCUCGGGAAUUCCUUCUGGGGAGCAGCGGCUGCUUCUAGAAGGACGAGAGCUCGAAAACACCGAACGAGCGGGUGCUUUCUGUGAGACCUCCGGAACACCUGAUAAGGCCUUUCUCCAGCUGCUGCGGGUCUUGAAGCCAGUGCGUGAGCCCACCCGCGAGCCAGGCAAAGUGAAGAUGGGAAAGCGCCGAAAGCCGGGCCGAGAAUAUUGA